CAUCGGUCGCAUAUUGUAUGGAAUCAGGUGUUAUGGGGAGUAUUCCUACAGUUCCUGUUCGGGCUGUUUAUCCUUCGCUGGUCUUUCGGGAAACAAGUGUUUGAGUGCAUCGGCGAUAAAGUCACGACUUUCCUCGACUUCACGGACUCGGGCUCUGGGUUUGUCUUCUCGUAUUUAGUGUCCGGCAAAUUGGAGGGAAAUGUAACCGAGAAUGGCCAGUCCACUACAUUGCACCUACCUACUCAGGCUUCCGUAUUUGCAUUCAAAGUGAUGCCAGUCGUCAUAUUCUUCAGUUUCUUCGUAUCCAUUCUGUACUUCUAUGGAGUGAUGCAAAUACUGGUGCAGAAAGUUGGCUGGUUUUUGCAGGUGACAGUCGGCACCACUGCCUGUGAAUCACUGAAUGCAUCCGGAAAUAUAUUUCUCGGAAUGACGGAGGCGCCUCUUAUGAUAAAACCUUUUUUGUCGGCAAUGACUAAAUCGGAAUUACAUGCCGUUAUGACGGGAGGGUUCGCCACAAUUGCCGGCUCAGUGAUGGCCGCGUAUAUAAACUUCGGGGUCAGUGCCAGUCAUUUGAUAUCUGCGAGUGUGAUGUCGGCGCCGGCGGCCCUCGGCUUCUCUAAACUCUUUUAUCCGGAAACAGAGGAAAGCAAAACGACAAACAAAAACAUAGACAUCGGAAAGAGUACUGAACGAAAUGCAUUGGAGGCCGGCUCUAACGGCGCCUGUAUUGCUGUCAAGUGAGUGCUCUAAUUCAUAC